CUAAACAGGCCCACUGUGUGUGUGUGUGUGUGUGUGCCUACCUACAUCCUAACCCCAUCCUAUCUUUCCUGACCCAGGCAGACCCUAAUGCCCAGGACCGGUCAGGCCGUACAGCUCUGAUGUAUUCCUGUAUGGAGAGGGCUGGAGCUCAGCUAGCCUCUACUCUCCUCUCAGCUGGAGCUGACCCCAGUAUGGAGGACUACUCUGGAGCUUCAGCUAUGGUCUACGCUAUCAACGCACAGCACCAGCCUACACUACAGGUGCUACUGGACGCAUGCCGCGCUAAAGGCCGUGACAUCAUCAUCAUCACCACGGAGAUGGGUGUGAGCGGAGGACCGGUGACGAGGCGCUACCUGAACGUUCUGCCGUCUCCCGAUGCAUCACCUGUCACCUGCAUGUCACCCUCUGACAUCAUCAUCAAGACGGGCUCACCCAACUCACUUGAGGGAGAGAACGUGUUCAAUUUCAGAGGAUCAGGUUAGAGCGAGGGAGGGAAGGUGUUAAACAUCUCAGGAACCUGUCUCAUACUUUCUUAUCUCAUCCCAGGUAAGAGGGGGAGUGGAAGCAGCAGCAGAUUCUCCCCAUGUGAGCUGAGUCCAGUGGACCAGUCCUGUGUCACCCCUCCCAGACAGCGACAGUGGUCUGAACCAUGGCUAGCUAUUCACAAUCUGGCUCGACUUAACAAGGUCUACCAAGAGGGACGGAGGGAAAGGAAGGUAGAGGGAGGAGAGGAAGAAGGAAAGGGAGAAAAAGGUUCUCUUCAUCACGACUUUAAGAAGGAAAGGAGGGAGAAGGCCGAGCUAGAGGAAGAGGUGGGAGAUGACAAGGAGAGUCGAUCUGUCCAUCUCUACCAUAAGGAGAUCUCUUCCGGGGCCUCUUGUUCUCUCCUCUUUCCCACAGAGGAGCACCUUUCCCAGGCAGCCCAGAGCAGACUGUCCCCUGAGAGGAGGCUAGCCCCUGGAGGUUCCACCUUGGAUUUAUACAGAGAACACCCCAGUACUCAAACUGCUUUACAUUGUAGAGGGGGAUCUAAUGUCAUCGGAGGCGACCCAAUGACCCGGAAGUGCUCUGUGGACAGACUACCUCCCUGCUCUCCCUCUCGCUGGCAGGGAGCUCGUAGGAACACCCUCCCUUCCUUGACUCCAGCUCCACCCCUUCUUCACCUGCCUCCCCUAUCGUGUUAUGAGUCUCACCUACAGGUCCCGCCCCUUGGCCUACCUGUUGCAGGUGUAGGCAUGGUGUGUCGGACGCAGCUGCCCUCCCCCUCCUCCCCUCUUUCUCUCACUCCGCCCCUUUCUCGCACUCUCUCCUCCUCCACCGCUCUUCCCUUUAAAACAAUAUUUAGACCGGGCUUUCUGCCUCCUCUACCCCUCUCCUCCACCUCCUCGUCCUCCUUUGUUCCCCCUCCCUCCAGUGAGAGGCCACCUCGACGUCACUCUAUCCAGCUGGAGCCGCUGAGAGGAGAGGAGGAGAGGAGGAGGAAUAGAGGAAGAACAGAGGAGAUAAGAGGGAGAGGAGGAAAGGAGGAGCGGGAGUGAGACCCUAUGUUAGCUGUUGUGGUGUGAUAUGUGUAGUUACUUGUAAUAACCUCUAGAGCAUGCUGGACACUUAUUUAGUGCUUGCUGACCUGAAUGUGUGCUUUCAUAUCAACAGUCUAAAGCAGUAAUCUCCAAUCCAAAGAAUUAGUUGGAAUCAUUUGUUUAUUAGAUAUUUCCUAUUUAUACUGAAUGGAUAUAAAAUCCAUCCUUUAUUCACUUGUGUUGUAGCCUUUUCCCCACACUGAAAGCUGUCACUGAACUUUAGUCUGUCUUGCUUUAUGAUAGUCACAUGCCCCUACCUUUACAAGAAGUUAGUCAGUAUUCUUAGUGAGGGCUUUAAAGCAAAUGUUAAUUUGACUGUGUACUUUGUCAACGGGAUGGUUGAGCUAAUGUAGGCUAAUGUGAUUAGCAUGAGGUUGUAAGAAACAAAAACAAAUCGCAGGACAUAUCUGAUAUGGGCAGAAAGCUUAAAUUCUUGCUAAUCUAACUGCACUGUCCAAUUUGCAGUAGCUAUAUUACAGUGAAGGAAUACCAUGCUAUUUGAGGAGAGUGCAUAAUUAUGAACUUGAAAAUGUAUGAAUUAACCAAUUAGGCACAUUUGGGCAGUCUUGAUAAAACAUUUUAAAUAGAUAUGCAAUAGUUCAUUGGAUCACUUUAAAACUUUGCACAUACACUGCUGUCAUUUAGUGGCCAAAGUCUAAAUUGCACCUGGGCUAGAAUAAUUCAUUUUGGUCUUUCUCUUGCAUUUCAAAGAUGAUGGUACA